AUGAUGGAACGGUCGGCGGCUGUUUUUUCGCCUUGUCCGAGCUGUCGUCGCGACAAAAAGACAAAUGAGCCGGCCGAUGGCACGCGCUCUUCUCGGCCUACGGUAGCAAUAAAAACAACAUCGAGCAAGUCAGUUUUUGAGGUCCGCUGAGAACUUUGAGAAAGUAGUCUUCAAUGAAGGCUUCCUGGAAGUUCAGUCGAAAUCCAAGAGUCUAAUUUUGCUUUUUGAAUAAAUAAUCUAGUUGACAUUGAAAAGGAAAGAAUCUCAGUCUGAGAGCAGAAUUGAAAGUGUUCUUUUUUUUAAAGAGCAUGACUGAAAUCAUCAGGAAAGCACUCUCAAAAUUGCGACUCGAAAUAACAAUUCUUCGCUUUGGAUGACUAUAGUUUUCAUUUUCAAGCCUUUUGUGAGAACAAUUCGAUUAGGACGUAUUUCUGUGUUUUGAAUAUUAUAUGUGUGAACAGCAUAUAUGGGAGCUCUUUCAGAGCAAAAGCGCUUUUUGGAGUUAGUUGAGUGGAAACGAGCAUCUACGAUCACCAUAAAAAGGACGAGACGUGAGCAUCUACGUCUUCAAAAACUUCGGCAAGCUGUUUGAAAUAUGCUUGAUCAAACAAUUAAAAAACCUAAUCUGCAGAAAAAAGGACAGAUCGAAGGAAAAGGAAGAAGAAGACGAUGAGCAGAUUCGGAAACAGUGCAAGACCCGCUCAAAGGACUUUUCUGAUGGAAGCUUCGUUUCGAGGAAAGUCAAGGAGAAAGGCGGAAGGAAGGCGGAGACGCGUCUCUCGCCUACACACACACGCGAAUGCACAAGGCGGGCACAGAAGGUGAGUCACGUCUGUUCGACAAUGUCGGCGGCCGCGCCAUCGCCGCCAGGUCCUGCCAGCCUUUUCCGAGUUCAGUCGACUGUUUCAACCGUUUCCUCUGCCCUCAGUGUAAUAUCGAAAUUGGCGUCUUGGACUGCCUGGCUUCCCGAGGGAGCUCAUUUUAG